UGUAUAUGCCACGCGUGGGAAUGCUAACCUGGAAAUUUAAAGAGCACAACAAACAACACAGAGUGAAAUCAGUGAAGACAAGUACAAUAAAAUGGAAGACUUGAAAGAAGAUGAGUGUGUCAUGAGACCGAUGAACUGUGAAUUAAAUCAGCUAUCGAGGCCUGAUGGUUCGACUAUGUUAAUGCAAGGUGAUACUGCAGUUAUCGCUGGAGUAUAUGGGCCUGUGGAAGGAAAACCACAGAAAAUGAUGUUCGAUAAAGCGUCCGUGGAGGUGCUCUACAGUCCUGCCAAAGGUCCCCCUUCUGUGGAUGACAGAGUAAAGGAGUCUAUUAUCAAAGAAACUUGUGAAGCCGUUUUACUCUCAGCACUACAUCCUGGAACAGCAAUAUGCAUAAAUGUACAAGAGUUACAAGAUUCUGGUGGACUUCUAGCGUGCGCAAUUAAUGCCGCGUGUCUGGCUCUGAUCAGCUCCAGUAUUUCGAUGAAAUACGUGAUCGCUGCUGUAUCCUGUAUGAUAAACCGGGAUACAGGUGAAUUAAUCAUAGAUCCAGACAGCUCACAGGUUCAACAAGCGCGAGCAACGUUCACAUACGUUUUUGAGUGUAUCAAUAAAGAAUUGGUAUCCUGUUGGACGGAGGGUAGAUUUUCGGAAAAGGAACUCGAGGAAUCGAUAACAAAAUGCAAACAAGCGAGUCAGCAUAUCUUUACCUUUUACAGAAAUAUAGUUAAACAAUAUGCAAAUAAAAUAUGAAGAUUUUUUGGUCGAUUGAUUUUAUACACUUCAAAAUGAAGAAAAACUAUUAACCCUCGCAUCGACUUUCUGUAGGAGUUUUUAUUUCCAUACGGCGAAUGAUGAAAAAAAAAAAUUUGAAUAAAUUUCACGAUCUACAGCAAA